AUGGAAAAUUUUAGAUCACAGCCUGGUUUAAAUUGUGACGCAGGGGCAAUGUUUCAAAAUUUAGAAUUGGACUCUCCAGGCCUAUAUAAUUUCAAUGACUGGGUUAGUAUUAUUAACCUCUAUCUAUCAUUUUACUACACGUGUGUAAAAUACGGUUUAAAGCUUACAGUAUAGUUAAAGUUUUGGCAAUGUUGACGUGGGUAUAGCUAGUUUUCUACAAUAAUCUGCCGUGGUUGGUGUCUGAUGAUCUACCUGAAAAAGAUUACAAUACUCUACAAACGAAGGGCAUUUCGAAACGCAGAACUCUAAGAGAUUUACAGUAGCUACUACACGCUACAACACCCUAAUUUGUCAAGUGGUAAAGCGGGUUAGGUACUCAAGAUUCAAGAACAUGACGCACGACCUUCGCUCAACAUGCCAAGAUCGCGUUUUAAUCUUUUCAAGACUUUUCAAUCUUUUCAAGUAGUGUGGAUACAAAUGUUGGAAAACCUAUAGUUUACUCUAACGUUGUUUAUCUCUACAUGUUCAAAAUCAAUUUCGGUAUUUGAAACCUGAAACGGGAAAUGUCAAUUUUGACCUUUGUGAACAUAUACGCGGUCUGUCUGUCUGUGUAGGUGGGAUGCAACAACAUGAAAAUACAAAGAGAAAGAACUUUCGAAGAGGCCUAUCGAAGAAGAAAGAACGACGAAGGGCCUUCGCUCGAAACGUCGAAAUUCUCAUUGUAUUUUUCGGGUAGUUGUAUCCCUAUCAAUGCGAAGUUUGGCAAAGUAGUUAAAAUCGGGAAUGUCAAGUGCCAGUCCGGUAGGGAAGAAUAGCAUUUGCGGAUUUCUGUUAAGAUGAAACUAGUUGUUUUUUUUCAACAGAUGUAAAAGUGCUUCAAAAGUUAUAAAAUUACGGAUCUUCUUACGUCUUCACAAUUUAGAAACAGAAACUUGAAUUUAUAAAUACUAAAGUUCAAUCUGGGUUAUAGCAAAUAACAGACAAUUUACGAAGCCUUGUUUAGGAUUCUUCCUGUAGUAUAAACACUGGAUCAAUAAGAGAUGAUUCUUACUGGACCUCUAGUGAGAACAGUUUAGAACUGAUGGAAUUAUCCAGUAUAAAUAAAGUUAGUUUAGUUUAAGUUUCCUGCUGUAGUAACACUGGAUCAAUAAGAGAUGAUCCUUACUGGACCUCUAGAGAGAACAGUUUAGAACUGAUAAAGCUGUCCAGUAUAAAUAAAGAUAGUUUAGUUUAGGUUUCCCCCGGUAGUAACACUGGAUCAAUAAGAGAUGAUUCUUACUGGACCUCUAGUGAGAACAGUUUAGAACUGAUGGAACUAUCCAGUAUAAAUAAAUCUAAUUUAGUUUGAACAUUUCAUAAUUUCUUCUGUAUGUAAAGACACCAAGUCCAAGACCUUGCAAAGAUGUUCUACGUCAAGCUAUACGAGUAAACAGGAUCAAGAAAGGUCAAGUCAUGCCAGUAAUUGAUAAAUCAAGUACAGUGCCAAAGAAGCGAAAAAAGGUAAGAUAUUCCCCCAUCUCAUUGGCUGAGUUCCCUGAACAAGUUCCUACGCGAUAGGUUUUUUGAAUGAGUUCCUACGUGACAGCCUUCGACAGGAAGGUUAAGGACUUGGUGUAUCUGUACAAGGCUUUGUUUGGUUAUAUGUGAAUGUUGAUGUCAGUAACUGUGUCUCGUUUGUCAGUCACGGUCGAACUCGGCUGAGUAACACCUCAAAGUACAUUCUACAAAGUCAAAUUUGUAGAACAAGCACUUUUCAAUCUUCGACUUCGUACUAUAAUCGUGUUGUUAAAGUGUGGAACAUUGUAUGUAAAUAUGUUUGGACACUGUGUCUAGCCCUAGUUCUUUUAAAUGUUUAGUUAAACGUAGAUACUUUAGUAUUGUUGAUUCUAUUUAUGAUGUUGACUUGUUAUGUACGUGGUCCUUGUUUCGUGACUGUUCGUGUCAUAGGACGUAAAUUGUGGUGCACUAGGUGUGUGCAGAGUUGACGAGUUGUGUGUCUAAUGUUAUAUAAAUUAGUUUUAAUAACGUUUGGGAAGGUAUCUUGCAUGGUUCUUUGAGUCCCGUUUAUACCUUGUCCAUUUAGGGUCUAUACUCUAUUAAUAGUUUGAUUGAAUAUUUUAUACGUUUUCUUUGCAAUAUAUGAUUAAUAUAUGAUAUUUUUUGAACGAGUUCCUACGUGAUGAGUUAUUUGAACGAGUUCUUAUACGUGAAGAUUUCGCGACACACCUUAUAGUCACAAACCAUGUCAUAAGGUAUGCCAAAAUCCGGCAUUCCUUAUAUGGGCACAAACACAUGACAAAGAAUUCAGGGGCACAUCUGACAUUUUGGGGUUUUUUGGCAGCCAAUACAAGGUGACAUUCCCGAAGACAUGCAAUUAAGACGUCAGAAAAACAGAGAGGCCGCGAAGAAAUGUCGUUUAAAGAAAAGAAAAGUUAUGGAAACACUGCAAGAUGUAAGGACAUGCUAACAUAUACUCUGAAUAUAGCAAAAUAAAAGGCUAUAGAAGCUAAAUUUAUAACACAAUCAUCCUCUGGGAUACGAGAUUAGUGUAGCCAGAAUUAGGCCACAUAAAAAAAAAAUAGUUGGUUAGCGUCCCCGCCCGCCCACAAAAAAGGCCCCGCUCAGGAUUUUUUUUUAUUUUUUAUUUAAAAAAACACGACUUUUAUUGAUCAACGGGCUCUAAUAUAUGUAGUAUUUCUGUUGACUGUAGUCAAUUGUGUUAAUAAUUUGCGAAAUUGCGUGCGAAAGUGACGGUAUGAAUUAUAUUUUGAAAUAUAUAAAAAAAUAUCUGUACUGCGCAAGAAAAUCCAGUUUCGGACCUAACAGUGAGUAAAACCAAGGCGUUAAAAAUUAGUAAAAAUUAAAAAAAAAAGCGCCCGCCCGCCCACUUUUUGUCAAAAGCUAAGGACGCUAACCAACUAUUUUUUUUAUAUGGCCUUAGUAUGUACGAACAGGGAAACAUAUUUCACUUUUUGAGUAACUAGCACUCUUUCUUUGAGUAAAAAUACUCAUAUUUUGAGUGAAAUUACUCAACAUUUGAGUAUGGAACUCGUUUACUCAAAAAAAGCAGUCACUAUGGGUGCAUUUUUCUUGAGUAACUAGCACUCCUAUUUUUGAGUAAAUGCGUAUAAUCUGAGUUAUUACUUUUAUCUCAUUUUUUCGAGUAAUUUUUACUCACAUUUUACGAGUUACUUUUACUAUGGGUACAUUCAUUUACUCGAUACUUUGAGUGCAUUCUACUCAGAAUUCUUUCAGUGGACAAGAGAGAACAUUGAAAUAAAAGGCGACUAUUUUCCCAGUAUAGAUUAUGAAAAGCCUUACUGUAAUCAGUAAUUAAAAACUCCUUCGCAUAAAAAAACUUGCACUGCGCUAAAAGCAUGGCCUUAACUCUUAAGCCAAAAGCAUGGCCAUACUGUGUGGGCUUUGUGACCAAUGGUACCGUGGUCCUAUACUUUUCCCGCCCCUGUGUAUAAACAGUUUUUCUGUGAGCUAAACUAUACUUAAUUUUUCAGAAAAUUGACAAGUACGAAGGGAUGAACAGUACGUUAGAGAAUGACAUUCAAAAGUUCAAAGACGAAGUAAAGAAGCUGCAAUGCUUGCUCGACCAACACAACUGUAGCAAGAUGGCAAAACCUCAACAGGAAUGUCAACAAGUUGACCUGGGAACAUCAAGUCAUCAUCAUAGUGUCACACAACAUGAAGUACCCCCAGCUGAAGACAUCGCGGACUCACUUGAUGAUUUGCUCAGCGAACUGCAGGACAAUGACCGCUGGUGUGAAGAACUACAGCACUUCAUGUAA